AUGGCAGAGGGAGCAAUCACGCAAGGCGCUAUUCAGAGCAUCUUUCAGCCCAGCGGCUGCUUCGUAGACCAGCCGAUCCUGCAAUGCGUACAGAUCAAGACGAUGGAGCCCAAGGCGGGCGAGGCGAACCCAGUGCAGCGCUUUCGCGUUGUUUUGAGCGACAUCCGCAACUUCAUCCAGACUAUGAUCGCAACCACUGCCAACGACAUUGUCACAUCUGGUCAGCUUAAGAAAGGGUCGAUAGUACGUCUGCUCAAGUACAACCCCCAGCGUGUCAAGGACAAAAACAUCCUGAUCAUCAUGGAACUCGAGGUCCUGGCACAAUACGGCGAACUCGACAAAAUUGGCCAACCCGAAGCUCUUGACACCAAGGCUGCCGAAGCGCAGCCCGCGGCCAUUUCAGGCAACAACUUCUACGGAUCGAAAACGGCACCCGCUCCACAGCCCCAGCGGUCGCUUCCUACUCACCAGAGCAACCCCGGUACUUCAUCACACCCCAACCUCUACCCUAUCGAAUCUCUAUCGCCAUACGCACACAAGUGGACUAUCCGCGCGCGAUGCACCGCCAAGAGCGACAUGAAGGAAUGGCACAACCAGAAGGGGGCUGGCAAGCUGUUCAGCGUAAACCUCUUGGACGAUACCGGCGAGAUCCGAGCGACUGCUUUCACCGAAGUCGCUGACAAGCUGUAUCCUGUCUUCGAAGUAGGCACCGUAUACUACAUCUCAGCACCCUGUCGAGUCACGCUUGCGAAGAAGCAAUUUUCCAAUCUGCCCAACGACUACGAACUGCAAUUCGAACGCGAGACUGAAGUCGAGAAGGCAGAAGACCAGGAAAACAAGCCACAAAUACGAUUCAAUUUCACCAAGAUUGCUGACGUGGCCGACGUCGAAAAGGAUGCAACGAUUGAUACUGUUGGUGUCCUGAAGGAGGUUGCGGAGGUUACUACCAUAACAUCCAAGAACACCAACAAGGACUACAGCAAGCGCGAGCUGACGCUAGCCGAUGACAGUCAGACAUCGAUCAGGCUCACUAUUUGGGGCAAAACUGCUGAAACCUUCGAAGCGCCAUUGGAGUCGAUCGUUGCUUUCAAGGGUGCUAAGGUCUCCGACUUUGGCGGACGAAGUCUAAGUCUGCUGAGCUCCGGUACUAUGAUGGUUGAUCCAGACAUUGAUGAGGCACAUAAGCUGCGAGGAUGGUACAACGCUGCUGGGCAGAAUGCCACAUUCUCUACGCAUCAAAACAUGGCUCCGGCUGCUGGUGGGUCCAAGAACGAAGCAAAGGCCAUCUCAGCGAUCCUAGAGGAGGAGGCAUACCUACAAGACACACCCACAUACAUGAGUCUUCGGGCGUCUGUCUUGUAUGUCAAAAACACUACAGUCGCCUAUCCUGCGUGCUCGACGGAAGGCUGCAACAAAAAGGUCAUUGAAGAGAACCCUGGUUCCUGGUGGUGUGAGAAGUGCCAGAAGGCCUUCCCUGAGCCUCAAUACCGCUAUGUGUUGAGUGUCAAUGUUGGUGAUCACACCGGCACGCUGUGGCUCAGCUGUUUCGAUGAAGCUGGCCAAGACAUCGUUGGCAUGUCAGCGAAUGAAGCCAUGAAGAUCAAGAUGGAUGAUGACGAGAAUGGCACAACAAACUUCAUGAAUGCCAUGCAAGAGGCGACAUGUAAGACGUUCAACUUCCGAGUGCGGGCUAAGAUGGAGACGUAUCAGGACCAGCCAAAGCCGCGAUACCAGGUUCUGAACUUGUAUAAGCUCAACUAUGCCCAGGAGGCCAACAAGCUCGCUCAGCUCAUUAAACAGUACGAUCUGAACGAGGACAGCUUGUUCGUUAACUAA